AUGCUGCGCAAGCAAGCGCUGAACUCCCUCGCUUUCACAGUACCGAAAAAUAGAAAGCCCAAGUUUGACUUGACACUCCGCCUCAUUGACCUGACCAAUAUUCCGCUCAUCGCCGGCACCGCAUACAUCAAAUGGCACCUGUCCUCGUCGAGUGCUGCUGAGCACCGCGGCAGAACCGACAAGGCCGAGAUUCGCGACCACAAGGCAACAUGGGAGUACACAAAAGAGCUCGCCGUUCGGCUUACGAUCGAGAAGAACCAGAUGUUGCAAGAAUGUGAUAUACACUUCGAGAUUAUCCAAGAGUACCACAGCAGUGCUAGAGGCGGACGAGUAGUUCUUGGAAACAUCAAGCUCAACCUGGCCGAAUACACACAGUUCCCCGAAAUGAGUGCAGCCGAGCGGGAUCCGCAGGACGACAGCGAAGAUGGCUCAAUCACACGUCGCUACCUGCUACAAGAUAGCAAGAUCAACUCUACACUCAAGAUAGGCAUCAGGAUGAAGCAGACCGAAGGAGACACCAACUUCAUCGCGCCGCCGUUGAAGUCUGCCAUGAUUGCUGGCGGUAUUGCAGGUGUGCUUAGUACUGAGGCUGGCGAUGGCGAGGACAUGCCGAGCAUCACCAGCAAGACUAGAGAGCUUUCUGAGGUGCAAGACUUAUACCGGAGAACACUUGCGGCCACGUGGGCUUGUCAGAACGGUGAGUUGGCGCCGGAUAAGCUCAUCGAAGACCUGUUUGCAGGAGGUGAUGGCGGACUCGUCCAAGAGACCCAGCCGACAAGGAGGCUGGGCCAUGCUGUGCACCUAGGAAGCAGGGAUGAGAGCCUGGGUAGCAGCUCCAGUGACGCCGAUUCUAGAAGGACCGUAACUCCGCGACAUCUCACACCUGACAUGGCCCGUCAUGGCCAUUACGGACACAAACGUGCUGUAAGCUCAGAAAACAUGCAAGGCAAUAUUCCACAAUCUAGUGCCGUCAGUGGAAGGUCCAGCCUAGACCAACAAAUGCAACACAGCCAGAAGGAGCGCAAACAGCGAAAGCAUGACGAUGGCAAAGAGUUGACCGAGUUCGACUUGAGGGAAGACCUUAGAAGCUGGCAAGUACGUGUACGGUAG